AUGACUUUGACAGAUGGAUUGGAGAAGAUAAUCGCAAGAAAUUUUUGUAAUUUGGGCACUUUCAUUGGCAACAACUCAGUUCAGGUCAUUAUUGUAAUGCUGACAGCAUCAUUCUUGAUGAGCUUAGGCAUUUUCCGACUUCAUGAAGUAAACAAUGUUAGGAUGCAGUACUCACCUAAGAACGCGCCAAGUCGUAUUGAGCAUGACAUCGCAAUGGAAUUUUUAAGACAGAAUGGUAUUCUUGACCCAGCGUAUAUGCUAAUUGAAGCAAAUGACCAUGGAUCACUUCUGAGAAAUAAAUAUCGCAAAGCAUUAAUGCAGUUUGUCAGACAAGCUCAAACCAAUGUAACAGUACAACAUAAAGGUCAAAUAUAUAGCUAUAAUGAUUUGUGCGAGCCAUUUUGCGAGAUCAAUACCGGUUUUAUAGCAUUUCUUCAACUCUACGACCAAGCUAAUGAAAUGACACAUACUUAUCCAAACAUCAACUUGUUCGGCUCACAAAUUUUUAUUGGAAACAAUGCUUAUGGCGUGACGCUUGAAGAGGGAACCAAUGUUAUUAGAGCUUUCACAACAGCAGUAUUCCAACUUUUUGUUAGCGCACCUGAGCAACCAAUUUUACACAAAUGGCAGAAAGCAGUGAUAAAGUUUAGUCAGAAAAAGGAAUUUGCAUUACUUAAUAUUAUUCUUACUAGCGAUAGCUUGGUUUCAGCUGAAGUUCGCCGGAUGGGAACAGAAACUGCUCCGCUACUUAUUGGUUCUGUUUUUGCCGUGAUACUUUUUGUUGUUAUCAAUUCAUUUCGAGCAAAUCAGAUCAUUUCGACUGAAUUUAGAGGGAAUGCCGUGCGAAGUAAGCCAUUUGAAUCAUUUAUUGGAAGUAUUAUACCGCUACUGUCAAUACUUAUCUCUACUGGAAUGUUAUCUGCUUGUGGAUUAGGUUAUCAGUCGAUUGUUGUAGCUUCAUAUUUUUUGGGGCUCUCAGUUGGUGUUGACGAUUUAUUUAUCAUUCUGCGAGCUUGGGAUCGUUCGAACACCGAAAUAUCCGUUCCAGAACGAUUAUCCAAGACGCUAGAAGAUGCUGGACCUUCAAUUACGAUUAGCUCAUUGACAAACGCUUUGUCUUUCGGCAUUGGUAUCUUUUCAUCGACACCUGCGAUCUGCACAUUUUCAAUUUAUUCAUGCUCUGUUGUGCUUGUUUGCUAUAUUUACCAGUUAGUGCUGUUUUCCGCGGUAUUAGCUUUGAGUGGAUACCGUGAACAAAAGAAUCAUCAUUCAAUAUUGUGGUCGACCAAAAUUGAUCCUAAUAUUCGUAGUGAGUUGGUUGAAAAAAUGCAUAGUUUCCAAGUCUGGAUUAUUAAAUCGUGGUCCUAUGCCAUAACGCAAUGGUUUACGAGAGUAAUAAUUAUUAUUAUUAUGGCAUUUUAUUACUACGUCUCAUUUUUGGGAAUUCGAAGAUUAGAAGCUAAAAUCUUGCUUGAUAAAAUGGCUUUACCGGAUUCAUACCUUCAUAAUUUCCAACAUAUAAUAGAAAGUACUCUUCGCACCAUGCAGCCAAUCACUGUUUUUGUGAUGAAUCCUGGAAAUUUGUCAAAUCUCGAGCGGAUUAAAUCACUAGUAUGGGAAUUUGAACAUUCUAUUGACAGCUAUGGCAAUGAAUCUACUUUCUUUUGGCUCAAACAUUAUGAAGAAUACUUACUAUCAUACAAUGAGAUAGAUUAUUUCACUUAUACCGAGAUUCCCUCAUUUUUGAAAUCAGCUCCAUAUUUUUUCCUCGGCUCAUUUAUACAAAUGAAUGAAACUGCUUGUUAUGAUAAUCAUCCGGAAUGCAUUACUGCAUUUUUUUUCGCUACUGACUUUCAUAAGGUUAUCAAAUAUAAUGAAAUGAUCCCAGCAGUUAGGGACUGGAGACGUAUAGCAGCCAAAUAUUCAGAUUAUAGGGUUUAUCCAUACAGUGAACAUGCUUCGUUUGUUGACCAGACGAUAACAAUUGAAAGCACACUGGUUUGGAGUUCGUUAGCAGUAUUAUUCUGCACUGCAACGAUAUGCUUUAUCUUCAUUCCAAAUGUUGCAAGUAUUGGGUGUGCAGUUUAUUCUGUAUUCAGCAUCAGUUUUGGAAUAUUUGGUAUCUUAUCGCAUUUUGGAGUUGAUUUGGAUCCUAUUACAAUGGCUGCAUUUUUAAUGGCUAUUGGUUUUUCAGUGGAUUAUAUGGCUCAUAUAAGCUGCCAUUACUAUAAAUCAAAAUCAAAAGUAUGCUUUAAUAAAUUAAAAAUAUGA